CAUGAUUUGAUUGGCAUCACUUCAUUCAAGCGUCUUCUAGAUUCUGUAGCUUUACUAGCUCCAGAUACCUCUCUUCGCUUAGAUAAAACGAUGAUCUUGAUUCCUUGAUCACCCUGCGACUGCGAAACAGGUCUCGGUUUCGUCAUGGCUUUUCGAUCCAAGAAUUUGUUGCGAUUGCUCUCGAGCCGCUUGAAUCAGACUGCCGGCUUCACCACUUCGACGACACCGAAAAUGCGAGCGCACGCGCUGCCGAUAGACAGCAGUGAGGUUGACCAAGUGAAGAAGCGGAUGAAGAAGGGGGACUUCGUGCCGGUUUGCAUGGCGCUCGGGAUGAUCACCCUCUCCACCUCGCUGGGGCUUUACACGGCGAUGAGGGAACUGAAGGACUCGCCCACGGUGUGGGUGAGGAAGUCGCGGAGGGAGACGCUGCCGGAGGUGGUGGAGCCGGAGGUGGUGGUGAAGGAGGCGGAGAAGUUUGUGAACAAGUCCCUGUUCCGGAAGAUCGCCCACCUUCAGGAGUUCGAUACUGGUGAUUCCGCCAUCAGGGCCCGCCUCGCCGCCGGGUCCUAAUAAGGAUGCUUCCAGUGGAGUUCGAAGGCUUCCUCAUGUAGAGAGCCUUAAAUCUGUAGGCGUAGGGGUUUGAUGGAUUUAGCUGAUCCUAGGGCGAUGGCCUUGUGAUGACAUACGCCGCGAUAUGUUUCAUACUAUGCAUGCGAUACAGAUUAAGACGUGUUAAAUAGAAGUGAUCAUCAUGCUGAUCAAUAAGCUCUGUAUAUAUCUUCUCUUUCUAUGGUUUAUGUUGAACAGAAGUUCUGGUUUGCUGGUGUUGCCAAGAUACCUUUGCAUGUAAUUUCUGUCAUUGGGUCUUGUCAAAAUAUCUAAGCAGAUGAAGUGCCAUCAAUAUGAAGAUCCAGAGUGCUUGCUUGAUAAA